AUGAUCACCAGGCUCAAGCAGCUGACAGUUUACGCAAGCACGCCCUCCUUGGCCGGCAGCGUGUCAGGCGCGGUGAACACCCACAGGCAAAUCGGCGGCGACGGCACCGUCCAUGCCAGCGGCGGCGUUUCUGCUGCAGAGACCACGGCCAUCUCAAACCCACUACUGCGAGCUUUGACAAGGGGCGGCUAUGACAACCGGCCUCAAGCUGCUACAGCUGCAUAUGUGAGCUCGCCGCUCUCCCUAGCGAGCACCCUGCGGCCCACGAUCGCCUACGGCCUCGCCGAGUCGCGGGGGGACCUGCUGUCGGCGUCCGGCGGCACGUAUGGAGCGGCAGAGUUUGGUUACAACCCGCUGUCCAACAACCUGGGGGCCUCGUUCAGCACCGGCUCCUCAAACUCUGUUAAUGUCGACGACGCAGAAGAGCUGGUGCCAGGGAGCGCCCUGCCAACCCCCGGGUCUGCCGGCUUCUCGGGGGCCGAGAUCAUCGGCACGGCCGACGACCAGACGCGCCUGGGCGACGCGCGUACGGCGCAGCUGGGCCAGGCGCUCGCCUACCCCUUCAACGUCCUCAACCCGAUUAACCCCUUGACGUGCGCCCAGGUGCUUAUCACUUAA